AUGUUACUCCACAGCACACAGGAUCCCAGACGAGGGUGCUCCACUGCUACGGUUGUCAGCUGGGCUGCCUCUUUGAUCUCCGGGGACACCGGCUGGAUGCUGGGGUCUUGCUUCCGUCUGGAUGGCUGGUCUCUCGCCACCCUCUGCCCAGAACCGUGCUGCCUCUCGCUCCUACCCUCUGCCCAAAACCGUGCUGCCUCUUGCUCCCACCCUCCGCCCAGAACCGUGCUGCCUCUCGCUCCCACCCUCCGCCCAGAACCGUGCUGCCUCUCGCUCCCACCCUCUGCCCAGAACCGUGCUGCCUCUCGCUCCCACCCUCCGCCCAGAACCGUGCUGCCUCUUGCUCCUACCCUCUGCCCAAAACCGUGCUGCCUCUCCGCCCAGAACCAUGCUGCCUCUCGCUCUCACCCUCUGCCCAGAACCGUGCUGCCUCUCGCUCCUACCCUCUGCCCAAAACCGUGCUGCCUCUCGCUCCCACCCUCUGCCCAGAACCGUGCUGCCUCUCGCUCCUACCCUCUGCCCAAAACCAUGCUGCCUCUCGCUCCCACCCUCUGCCCAGAACCGUGCUGCCUCUGGCUCCAACCCUCUGCCCAGAACCGUGCUGCCUCUCGCUCCAACCCUCUGCCCAGAACCAUGCUGCCUCUCGCUCCCACCCUUCGCCCAGAACCGUGCUGCCUCUCGCUCCCACCCUCUGCCCAGAACCGUGCUGCCUCUCGCCCCUACCCUCUGCCCAAAACAGUGCUGCCUCUUGCUCCCACCCUCUGCCCAGAACCGUGCUGCCUCUGGCUCCCACCCUCUGCCCAGAACCGUGCUGCCUCUCGCUCCAACCCUCUGCCCAGAACCGUGCUGCCUCUCGCUCCAACCCUCUGCCCAGAACCGUGCUGCCUCUCGCUCCCACCCUCUGCCCAGAACCGUGCUGCCUCUCGCUCCCACCCUCCACCAGAACCACGCUGCCUCUCGCACCCACUCUCCGCCCAGAACCAUGCUGCCUCUCGCUCCCACCCUCCGCCCAGAACCGUGCUGCCUCUCGCUCCCACCCUCCGCCCAGAACCGUGCUGCCUCUCGCUCCCACCCUCUGCCCAGAACCGUGCUGCCUCUCGCUCCUACCCUCUGCCCAAAACCGUGCUGUCUCUCGCUCCCACCCUCUGCCCAAAACCACGCUGCCUCUCCGCCCAGAACCGUGCUGCCUCUCGCUCCCACCCUCCGCCAGAACUACGCUGCCUCUCCGUCCAGAACCGUGCUGCCUCUCGCUCCCACCCUCCGCCAGAACCACGCUGCCUAUCGCUCCCACCAAGAACCGUGCUGCCUCCCGCUUCCACCCUCCUCCCAGAACCGUGCUGCCUCCCGCUCCCACCAAGAACCGUGCUGCCUCCCGCUUCCACCCUCCUCCCAGAACCGUGCUGCCUCCCGCUCCCACCGCCCAGAACUGUGCUGCCUCUCGCUCCCACCCUCUGCCAAGAACCGUGCUGCCUCUCGUCUCCACCCUCUGCCCAGAACCGUGCUGUCUCCCACUCCACCCAGAACUGUUCUGUCUCCCGCACCCACCCUCUGCCCAGAACCGUGCUGCCUCUUGCUCCCAACCCAAGAAAAUAA